AUGGAAGCUGAUUUCGAUUUUUCAUCAUCAAACACGGCUAAGAUUUCAAGUUUCUUCAAAAAACCUCAGUUCAAACUCUCGCACUCCGAAUUCGAUUCAAUCGGAACCGAUUUUCAAAUUUCAAGCUCCGUGGCAAAGUCAAAAAAAGCGAUAGAUGCCGAAACUAUCCGAUCGUACGCUGCGAAGGCUGCUCCGGCCGUUCUCGACUCACCUUACAAAAAAUCCUACUACCUGAACCUCCGCAAAGAGCUGACUGCAGAAUCACCGAAGGAUUCUAAAGAAAUUUCUGUAGCUAAAGAUCAGCAACCGUUCAACCCUGAAAAAUUCGAGAUAGGUGAAAAAUUAAAGAAGGAGGAGUUAGUCGAUUAUUCGAAAAAAUUCACUUCCAGGUGCGUUCUUCCGCCAAGUCUGCGCACAGCUGAUGUCGAUUAUGCGGCAAAGUCAAAUUUUCCAGCGACAAGACCGCUCUCCUCUCAAGGUUUGAGAGAGUCUCCAUCUGCAAGUUGGAUGAAUCGCAAGGGCGAUGACGAUUACUCGAACCUCCUCGACUACGAAAAUGACGUAGGCUGCACAUACAAAACCUCAGAAAGCAGUAUGAUGAACUCCACUUGGAAGAAUUUAGACUCGGGCGAAAAAAGUUUCGUGUCAGCAAAACCUCUCGUCUCAUCCUCUGUUGCAGCCGGUCCAAAUGUCGGCCUGACAUCAUCCGUCGCUACUCCAACAAUUGCCAGCACUGUAUCUGCCCUGAAGUACAAAUCAAAGAUGAUGAAUUUCGAGAAUGAUGACGACACUUACGACAUGAUCAAAAACUCUCCAUCGUACAAGGAAUGGACCGAGACUCGAUUCAAUACCGAUUCUAUGUCAUCAAAGAGUGAAGAUUGGUAUUGA